AUAUAGACCCUUGUAAUCUACAUUAAAAUACAGCAAACAAAUUUUGGUAGAAUAUAUUAUUUGCUGAUACUUGAAUAAGAAGUUGAUGGGUAAGGAGAUGACCGUUCAGCCGAUAUUGAAUAUCAUGUGAUCAUGAGUGCUACUUAUUAUCACAAUUGAAGUAUCUGGAUUCUUGUACCCCCCUCUCUCUUUCUCAUGCUAGACAUCUUUGAAUUAUAAAAAUAUGUAUUCCUCCUAUUGAACAUCAGUUUCAGCGGUAUAACAAUAUGCAAGACGUUCAUUUACAAAUUCGGUAUAAUAAUGUUUAUCAAUGUAACGCUCUUCUCAACGAAUGUCAUGUGACAAUCCAGCCAUCUCCACAACCACAUCAGGUGGGGUUGAGCCGACUAGAGCGCCUUUGAUGCAGUGAAACAACCCUCAGAUACAACACUUCGGAUUUUCGCACCCACUAUAUGUGGUUAUCACAUAUCAGGCAUAGGAAUGCUGAAUCUAUCACAUAAGAUUGCUGCUAACAUAGUGAAUGACCUUGGAAUGAGGCACUGUAUUUACUUGGGCGCCGGGUUUGGAAGAAGCCAAAGGCCGAAGGGAACAAAGGGGCCUCUGUGAUAUUGGUCCUAAUUAAAGACGACGCGAUGUCUCACCGAGGUCUUACAUCAGAUAAAAGGGUCAGGCGUUUUCUGCCCGAACCUGUUGAAACCUCUUCACGCAGUUCUAGGGAUCCCAAGGCUACCUCCUCCCGAGAAACGAAUCCGUCGACACAGAAGCGCUCACGAGGUCCCAACGAACAGUCACCUGAACAUAAGAAUAACUCCCGUCAAGCUGUAUCAGAAAGGUCUCAGCAGCAUGUGCGCGAUAGUCCUGGAACGAAUUUCAUAAACUCAGGACAAGCGGUCAACGAAGCCAGUAGCUUAACUGUGCCACCUGGAGUGGCCCGGGAAGACCAGCAACUCAAGGAAGAAUUACGUCCUGUAGAUCACAGAAACUCCGCACUCCUUUCUCCGAGGAAAUUCGCACCACAACUCGUGGAGACCGGGAAACGAUCAUUCCGGCGACAGCAGAUAAGGCAUAUUCAUCACAGUGAAAGCAUACUGGAAGCAUUGCCUCAAAUUACAAAGCACACAGAUAGUAGGGACCAAUAUACAGAUGAUGUCACCGGUAUAGAUGAAUCUCGGUUUUCACAUGCGAAUUUGCAACGACGCCAGGAGACCAGAAGACAUUCCUUUCGAAUCCCUGAUCUUCCAGCGAUUCCGUCGAGUUGUAGCGAGGUUUCCGAUGAUUCCGAAGCUUCACCAGGGCCAGCAUCACCCUCUGCUGUUAAUCAUGGACCUUCUGUGAAACAGAAUGCUCAUCUACAUGAGCGCCAUGCAAGUCAAUUACCGGAGUAUGUGCUAGCUCUAGCAGCCCAUUCAGCAGAAAAUCAACUCAAGGAGCAGGCCCUCGCGGCUUUCCCCAACGAACAAGUCUAUCAGCCCGUGGAUCAUUUUGCAGUUGACAGAGAAGAUGAUGACUCUCCGAAGGAUGAUGAGCUACAAGUCCGCACAAAAAUGUUUACAUCUGGCAUACAUCGACGGGCCUCGUCCGCAGAUCUGCCAUGGGAACUUGAGUACUUGCGCAGGCAUAAGGAGGAGGCCGAGAUGUGUGAUCGUGCUAUGGCUGGAACAAAAGGAUUGCAUUUCUCACCCCCUGAUAGGCGACCUUUUGACGGAGCUAGCGAGACUUGUGGAAUCUGGGCUGGUGGGUUUGGUUUGAGACAAACAAGGCCAGGCAUAAGUCCGCCCAUGCUUGGAGAAGAUCUUGUAUUCCCACAUAGUGUUUCCCCCGAAACAACAAUAUGUGAGAGCAGCAACGUUGAACAUUACAUCACCCAAGACAAACGGUAUCACAAUGCUGGGCUUUGGUAUGCAAACCGCCACCUUUUCGAUGACUGUGAUGGUGGCGGUCUUUGGAUGGGAACUUGUAAAUCCAACAAGUGCCUUUCUCGGUUGGGAGAUUCGCACUCAACGAGCCCGCGUUCAAGCGGCAAUGCCGGUGGACACACUCAAUGCUCAACCGAAACCUUGACAGGUUGUGAGAAACAGUCGUCAUCAGAUGUCUCAAGGGAUGCUGAAAGCUUGGACUCGAGCCACACGAGACAACAUGCUAGCGAAGAGGACCUUGACCACGAGUUGACCGAUAGCUUUGUGACUCAGAUCUACAAUUAUCUGUCCCUGGGCUAUCCCUCUGUUGCUCGCUACUAUGAUCAUGAACUCAGUAUCAUUUCUGGAAUCUCUGUAGCAGAUCUGAGACGUGAUGACUUAAAGACAGAUGCGAAGGGUUACGUCAGUGUUAUGGAUGGGGGUCCGACGGAUCGGAAGGUAGAGAAAGGCCUAUGUAUGCGGUGGAUCGCACUGCGCUUAUAUAUACAAGAGUGGGCUAGGAAACGGCCCAAAGUGGCUGACGACGGUAUUCAUGGAACAUGGGGAGUCUGUGAACGAAAGGGCAGCUGGGCCAUCUGAUACAGCUAUAUUAUGGAUGAAACGGAGUGUCCUAAAUCAUGGCAUAUAGCCAGUUGUGUAUGCAAUCAAGAUGCAAGAUCUG